AUGCCGACGUACCGUGUCCUUGAUCAGCACGGCGUUGUUGUUGAUCCGACGUUCGAACCCGACUUGAACGAUGAAGAGGUUGUGAAGCUAUAUCGUGAUAUGCUAACGAUCUCCAUCAUGGACGUUAUCAUGUUCGACGCCCAGAGGCAAGGUCGCAUCAGCUUUUACAUCGUGUCCUCUGGUGAAGAAGCUACUUGUGUGGGAUCUGCAUCUGCCCUGUCUCCCGAGGAUGUGAUAUUCUGCCAGUAUCGAGAACAGGGUGUUUUCCAACAACGAGGAUUCACGAUGAAGGAAUUCAUGAGUCAAUUAUUCGCAAACAGGCACGAUUCGGGGAAGGGCAGAAACAUGCCCGUGCACUAUGGCAGCAGUCGUCUGAACAUUCAUUCCAUAUCGUCCCCACUUGGUACGCAACUGCCGCAUGCUUCGGGUGCAGCCUACGCAUUAAAAAUCCAACGGCUACAAAAUCCUACGGCUGAUCCUCGGAUCGUAGCCGUCUACUUUGGCGAGGGAGCCGCCAGUGAAGGUGACUUCCACGCCGCACUCAAUAUCGCCGCCACUCGCUCGUGCCCAGUUGUCUUUAUAUGCCGCAAUAAUGGAUACUCGAUAUCCACUCCAGCUCUUGAGCAAUAUCGCGGAGAUGGUAUCUCCAGUCGCGGUCUCGGAUAUGGCAUCGACACCGUGCGGGUGGACGGAAAUGACCUUUGGGCUGUGCGUUCGGCCAUGGCGCAAGCCCGCAAGAUGGCACUCCAGGACGGUGGAAAACCGGUGUUGCUAGAAUGCCUAUCAUACCGAGUCGGCCACCACAGCACGUCGGAUGAUUCGUUUGCGUAUCGAGCCAAGGUGGAGGUUGAGGACUGGAAACGCAGAGACAACCCGAUAUCGCGUCUCCGAAAGUGGAUGGAAGCCAGAGGGUGCUGGGAUGAUGGCAAGGAGAAGGAUGCUCGCGAGACAAUUCGGAAAGACAUACUGAAGACGUUCAACGAGGCAGAGCGUGAGAAAAAACCACCCAUCCGCGCUCUGUUCGAGGAUGUCUACGAGGAACUGACCCCCGACCUCCAUGCUCAAAUGAAGCAGCUCAAGAACCACCUUGACAAAUAUCCAGAAGAAUAUGACGUCGGAGACUACGAGGGUGGCAAGAGCAGUCUGGAAUCUUAA